AAACAGUCUAACGUCAGAAUUAUAUGUUUACCAAAUAGAAUUAAAACAUUGUUAAAAAUAAAUAGAUGGAUAAUAACGUUAAUUUAGUUGCGUCAAGAAAGAAAAAAAAUAAACGUAAAAGAAAACAUGCUUUUGCUAGACGUUCACAGCAACAACCUCAAGACACAAAUCCCGCUGCAACUCUUCAGCGUCUGAAAACAAUUGCUAAUUUAUUUCAUAUACAUCAGCAAUUAGCUCUAAGUAGAACUAAUUAUGUGUCGGACAAUCCGAGACCGCUAAUGUCGAGACCUAGACUUACUAGACCAAUGUUUUCGGGCUGCAAAUUGCCUGGAUUUUUGGAACCUGGACCGAAAACUAACACAUUUCUAUCUACUGAAACAAAAAGUACAAAUGUAGAAAAAAAUAAAUCUAAACCUGAUAUGGAUGAAUAUCAGUUUAAUAAUUCUCCAUUGCAGAAAGAUACAUCUGUGGACAUUAAAACUGAAGUCUCAAAUUCACAAGACUGUCAAUCUCAAAAUGCAACUAUGAAUUCCAAUACUGUGAUAUUCGAAUCAGUUUUAAAAAAAUUUCAAACUACUGAAAAGCAAAGUUCAAGAAAUGAAAGUAACCAAACAGCCUACAAUAGAAAUAUCUCAUACUCCAAUGAUUUAAAAAAAGAGCAGAUGGAGACCAAAACAUUGAGAAAAUAUUCAAGAGCUAAAGACAACCAAUUUGAUGACUUUGAAAUACAUAACAAUCCAUCAUUCAUGAGUUUUGAAACGACAGAAGAAAUUGUUGAUUUAAAUGAUGAUGACCUCAUAUUAAAUCGCUCAAUUAACGAUACAAAACAAAAUGAGAAUCACAACAAAGACAAUAGUCUCCAGAAGAAUAUUCAAUCGAAUUUCCAAAUAAAGUUACAAGAACAAUAUGCUAAGAAAUUAGAAAUUCAAAAUAAGUCUGAGCCAAGAACUAGUCCAGAACAUGAUAGGCCGGAGAAACCUUUACUAAGUGGACAAGAUGAAGCGAAGAAGAAAGCAAACAGAGAACUGCUAGAAGGUCUACAUUCAGACAUUAAGACAGUUGUACAAAAUAAUAUAAAGUCAGACAUACAAUGGGACAAUGUUGGCGCAAACCACAACACUCCACCAGUAACGAAACGGUUACCAGCAGGUAUUCCAAGAUCAUUCUUACUAAUGGAUAAGUAUACAGAGCCACAGCAACAAAUUUAUUCUGAAAAUCCAAGUACGUCAAAUACUCGAAGGUCAUUCGAUUGGACGCCAAAUACGAUUUUACAAAACCCACAAAAGUUCAUUCAAAAUCAACUUAUAAGCCAACCUCAAAUUUACUCCCCCAGCGACGUUUAUCAGGAAGCGAAAAAUAAAGAAGAUUCACAAGACGGUUCAGAAUCACCGGAUGUAUUGGAUUCUAAUAAACGUGUAAGCGCUUUCCAAAGAUUAGGGCCAUUAUCUCAACCAAAAAAACCAAAACUAACGAUAAACCUCUGUUUGAAUAAAGAACAAACUGUCAGGGAAGUGAUAGAUGAAACACACAAGGACUUACCCGUCAACGAACGAGAAGAAAUCCUUAACAGUAGAGACGAUAUCGUUGUGAAGUAUCUUCCGUUUUGGCCGUGGAAUAAACCCGUUGCUGUUAAGAAGAGCGUCACCGCAAGAUACUCUAAGACUGUAAUGAUGAUGGAGAAAGAACAAAUGGAAGAAAUAUAUACCAAAGAUAACUCCUUAAUUAUGUUAUCGGUAACCGGGUAUCCAACAUCUUGGACGAAAGAGAAUUUAUUGGAUGUUAUAUUAGAGAAUUUAAAAGGAAAAAGUUUCAUACCAACUUUUAUUGAGUUUACAGCAAAGGAAUGCAAGUUCUUCGUGUUUCGUUGCAGCGGGGCCUUAGUGUUGAUACAUUGGCUUGGGUUUAUAAUAAAGAAGGACGACGUUGAAUUAUCGAUAACAAUAUCACAAACGCAAUUAACGAACAAACAGAUAGACUUUGUGCCGCGACUCGUUUUGAGUAAACGACUCGUGUCGUUAUAUGAUGGGCAGAAAAUCGAUUUGAGUGAAUUUACUUUGAAGAAAGAUAUAAGUCAUUUUAUAUACUUCCCUUUAAAUCAUAUACACAAUCAAUCGGAGAUCAUUCAGAUACAAAGUGAUGUGACGUGGGAGCAUUUGACGGAACUCGAUCUAUCGUCUAAUAGAAUUACGUCAAUAGAAGGAUUCAACCUGGCAACAGUGACGCCACGUUUGAAAGUUCUAAAUUUAUCACGUAAUUAUUUAGAAAGCGUUCUAGUUUUACUGCCGUGUAAACAUUUGCCUUUAAAGAAACUUAUGCUGGAGGGGAAUCCCCUUUGCAUUAAUUAUAUAGAACCAGACUAUUACGUGAACGUUAUUAGAAUGAUGUUCCCCGGCUUAAGGGAGUUGGAUGGAGUUGAAAUUACUUUAAAAGGGGAUUUACCGAAGUCCUUACAAAACUAUUGCCCAGAGGACGCUCGUCCUAUAGUUGAAAAGUUCCUAGAAGUGUUCUUUCCACUUCUAGACUUAGAGAACGAUGAUAGACAAUGUAUCCAAGAUAUGUACAUGAAAAAUGCGGUUAUGACAAUCACGUGUAGGAACAGACUACGUUAUGAUUCAGCCUACAAACAUAUGCGAAACUUCUCAAUCAAAAGUCAAAACUUUCUAGAAAGGAACAUGGACAAAGUGGAGGGCGUCACAAAUAUUGGAAAACUUAUCAGAAAAUGGCCGAAUACACAACACGACCCGACAACUUUCACCACUGAUGUUCUAUACCAUGAUGAUUCUUCAACCAUAUUUAAAAUAGCUGGUAUACUGAAAGUAACCGCGGAAUCUUUAGCAGAAGAAGAACCUCUAAUGGCAUUCUCUCGUACAAUAGUUCUACAUACCGAUAAUGGUUAUCACUAUAAAAUACGAAACGAACUCGUGUACUGGGAUGAACCGACCGUGGAAUAUUCUUGUAACGCCUUCAAAUCUGUUAUGGUUCCAAGAAAAACAUUAAAUCUUAGGUUUGAGACAGUCCCUGACGAUUAUAUUAAAAAGCAGCUUAUUGCAAUCUUUAUGAUGCUAACGGAACUUGAAGCAAAACCAAGCGAAAGGUGUUUGGAAUUAAAGAAUUGGCAUUUUCAACAUGCAUUGGAAUACUUCAUAAAACUCGAAAAAUUAGACAACACACAAAUAUUACAUGAUUAAUCGGUUGAAGUAAAAAUAAAUGCUAUUAGGUAUAGAGGUAUUAUAGAAGGAAAGAGGGUCAUAGAAAAGAAAAAAACAAAACAUUUGUACUAGUAAUAAUUUCAAUUAAAAAUAAACUAAGAAAUG